AUUUCAUUUGCAUUCCAUUUCUCGCUUCUCUUUCAACCCCCCUUCCUCUCUCUCUCUCUACUUUGUUUUACUCUCUUCUUGACGGAAAAAUUUCCAAUCGCUCUGAAGUCAUGGCUGCGCCUAAUGCGUCCAAUCCGCUCAUCUCGGCUAUUCUGAGCGAGAACACCGACGUUGCUUUGCAGAUCGUCGAAACGGCGCCGGCGGACGCUCAAUUUUCAGAGGUGAACUCGUUUGGACUGUCGGCUCUCCAUUGCGCUGCUAUGAAAGGAUACCUUCGGAUUAUCCAGGCACUUAUCGACAGAGGCGCUAAUGUGAACCAACUCACGAAAGCUGGAACCCCAUUGCAAGCUGCCGUCCUUUUCAAGCAAGUGGACGCUGCCAGUACUCUGUUGGACAAGCAGGCUGAUCCGAAUCUGGGUACAGAGUUCCUUCCUUCUCCACUCUCGCUGGCGAUAGGCUGCGGAUGUUCCGAUUGUUUUUACGUCUUGAUUGAUGCUGGCGCCGACCUGAAUGCUCAAUCAUUCGGUCUUUCUCCUCUCCUUCUGGCGGUGGCUCAUAAUGAAAACCGCAUGGUGCAGAAAUUGCUCAAUUCUGGUGCGGACUGCGCUCUCCAGGAUAUGGAGGGUCUCACCGCAUUGCAGUAUGCUGCUGCCUUUGGCCAUUCUGAAAUAUUGGACUGCUUGAUGGUUUAUUUGGAGCCUAUCGAGUCUUACCCAGUGUGGACUGCAGAAGCCCUAAUCAAGCAUAUCAAUUCAACAGAUGAGAUGGCACAGAUUGAGCUUAAGCUCAAUCAAAAGUCUGAAUAUCUGACCAGUCUUGGGGAUCUUGCUUUUACUGCCAGUAACUUUGCUUCUGCGAUGUAUUGGUAUAGUGAGGCUGUAAUUUGCAAUCCCAGGAAUUACGAAGCUUGGGCGAACAGGAGUAGCUGCCACUAUAACUUGAAGGAAGGGCGUGAUGCUUUGAUUGAUGCAGAAACUUCAUUAAGUUUGGCUCCUCAAUGGCCUGAAGGCUAUCUCAGAAAAGCCGAGGCUUGCAUGCUGUUAGGGGAUUAUGAGGACGCGGUAUUGGCAUACGUGCAAGCUUUAACAUUGGAUCCUGGCAACCAGCUUUACUAGCAAGGAUUGGGUGAAGCUGUACAGAGACAGAGAACUAAGUCUGCUUGAGACGCCCUGCUGUUAGAUAUAUUGGAUAUGUGAUAAAUAUUGGCUAGUUGGAUAUGUAGAUAGUAGUGAAUUCGUUAACCUUGUUAAAAUCUGGUUUGGUCUGCAUAUUACACAAUUUACGCACUUUAUCAUAUAUUUUCUGGUCUAUCAUCCUAUGUUUUUAUCGGAUAUUAAUAUGCAUACUUUUGCUUUAUUGAAAGCUCGCAAUGGGCAGUGUUGUUUGCGUACCAAAUGAUGGAUUUGAUUAGCUAUAUUUGAUUUCUCAAUUUGAUGAAUGCUCAGUGAUUCCAGUAUAUUUAUCAUGCUCGUCCAGAUAGUGUUUGAUACUUUUGGUAGAGUAUCAGUUUAUGGGCCGCUCUGAUGAGCAGUUGACAGGUACUCACUUUUGCAUUGGUUCUUAAUCAUUUGAAGAUAAUAAUAUGGUAUUGCAUUCCAACUCGCUCCUCUUUUGGAAUCCCCAACCGGGUUCUCGUCCUCCUUCAAUCUGGAGGAGUAUUGUUGAAAGUUGAAACUUGAAGGCAGGCAAAUCCUCGAAACAGAUUAUAACAGGUAUGCUUGUCAUUGCUCUUCCAUCCGCUUCAGCUGCUAGUGGGAGCUUUGACAAAGCAUUUUCUCUCCACUGAGGAGAUAAAAACAACUACCAAGUGUCAGACCCCUGAUGUGUCCAUCCUCAUAAAUUCUUGUGUUACUUUAUAUGCAAGAAUGUGGUGUUAUAUUAAGGGUCAGAAACUGGAUUUUUGGUUUGUUGGAGACCUUUGUCUUGUUUGAUUACAUCAGAGCUAAUAUACAAUGCAGUUUUCUUGUCUUUUCACGGAAGCUGAUGCUGAAUACUACUACAUUGAGAGGCUCUGGUGGGAGUGGACAAAUUGAAAUAAUGGACGAGAAGUUCCCAAGUUCCAGAUCAAACCAAAUCUCAAGACCUUUAACAUACCGCGAGAAAAUGAGUGUUGUGAUGGCAUACAAGCAGAAAUAUCCCUUCUGGUGGACGCUUGUGACGUCUAAUAUCAUAGUAGAUGUAUUUGGUAAGGCUGGUAUUGGUAAGGUCAGCUACAGGGCAAUGGCAAAAGCUUUAUAUCCAUUUGUCUGAAAUCUGAAUUGAACACCGGCCAAAUAGAUCCAGAAUUUGCUUACAUCCUUUUGAGUAGCUUUCGUUGAGGAGACGGCCCAAAAGUGCUUAAUGCUUACAAUUCUGGAUAUACUCCUGCCCUUUUACCAUCUAAUUGUUUUUUGACAACGUUGGAACUACACACACGAAUGGUUCUGCAUAGGUUUGCCAUAUUACAUUAUAUACUCUAUCAACAGAAUUAAACUCAAUGCCCACGAGUUCUUCAAACCAACACAUCUUGGGCCUAAGGCUUUUAGGCAAAAUAGUCGAUGGGAAUUACAAGUGGAUGGACAGCAUUCCUCUGCGCCUAUGAAAG